CAGCUAACCUCAACUGGGCAUGCGCAAUUCAAAAGCGCAUACUUUUUGUCACGCUGAUUAACAUUUGUUUUUAUUGUCAGGUAAGGUUUAGGGUCGGGGUAGGUGUAGGCGAUAGAUAAUGCAAUUUUUUGUAAUUAUAUGCAGAGAUUUGCACCACUUCCGCCCUUAGCUGUAUCCCUUCUAGCAACAACCCCCAUGCACUGAUCCCGUAACACAUUUCCUGUUUCAGAAACGAAAGUAAAGCGCUGUAUGGUUACAGUCAAGUCUACAACAAUAAUUUAAGUGACGGUUCAACAUUACAAGAUAAUGGAAACUGUUCUCCUUUAAUGGAUGAGAAUGGCAAAGGGGUUUCGGCAAUCUGCUUUAUUGUUAUCGUAUGUUACGUUAGUGUGUGGCGGUGUUUUGUACCAACUUUAUUGUUCUGAUUACCUUGACAACUUCCAGAAAGCCUAACACGAGAUGGCGAGUCUCCCAUUACCAGUGAUAGUUGAAAAGGUGAGCCUUAAUGUGGAUUCAUCCACCAGACGCCUACUUCAAGACACUGAACGUAAAGAUGGCUCUUUUACUGCCAGUGGCACAUUCGAAGACGUAUAUAAAACGUUUCUGUAUUUAGCUGCACACGGUACACAUAGUGUUCAUUCAAAAGAUGAGAUGAAUACGAGAAGCUAUGCCUCAGCAGGUCUGAGAUCAGCUCAUAGCUCCUUACCACCACCUCAAGCGGUCGAGGUUGAUGAAACUGUCAUGCGGUACAUCAAAAAAAUAAAACCGGAGCAGUUUGAAAGAAUCCAAAGGAAUCAGGUCUCGAUUGACCAAUCCGAAAGACACGUGACAUUUUCUUCUCUGACUGGAGAGAACAUCCACGCUCAUCUUGCACGAGAACAGUUCAUAACAUUAUAUCAGAAAACCGCAACAGGGCUGCAGACCCGAGAAUACGAUUCACAUCCAAGAAUGAUGGACCGGUUGUGUGCAGAAUUUCCAGAUCUCCUGAUCGACACCGGUAGAGAUAAGCUGAUGCUGACCGGUAGCUUCAUCAGCCUUGAGAGAUUCGAGAUGUUUUUAAGUGAUAAAGGCUCUUCACGGAACCAAGUCCUAAAUACAGCAAGACACUACGGUACACAUGAUAUAGAACCUGCGAUACAAAAGAAUACAACAGUCGAGGCCAAACAGGAGAAAUGUCCAAUUUGUCUGGAUACAAUCAGGAAGGGUGACUGUGAAGUUUUGCCUAAAUGCAAGCACUGCUUUUGUAAAGGCUGUUUGAAGAGUGCUUUCCAGAUAAAACCUAUUUGUCCAGUUUGUGGAGAGAUGUACGGCAGUCUUACAGGGACACAGCCGGAAGGAGGAACCAUGAAUGUCUCAAGGGAUAACUCAUCCUUACCUGGAUAUGAGAGAUAUGGAACAAUCAUAAUUUACUACUACAUACCAAACGGAAUUCAGCAGGAUGAACACCCCAACCCAGGCCAGUCUUACCAGGGAGCAUCUCGCACCGCUUACGUCCCCGAUUCAUCAGAGGGCAGGAAAGUACUAAAGCUUCUGGAAAGGGCAUUUGACCAGCGACUCACUUUCACUAUUGGUCGUUCCUCAACCAGUGGAAGGAAUAAUGUGGUGACCUGGAAUGACAUUCACCAUAAAACAUCUCGUACCGGGGGACCAACAAAUUACGGCUACCCGGAUCCGGACUACCUGAAACGAGUCCAAGAUGAACUGAAAGCAAAGGGAAUUUAUUGAAUUUGUUACUCUUUAACCUAGUUACUUAUACAGACACUAAACUUUUUAGAGAAGCAUAAUGUAUAUAACCAGAAGCCGUUUAAAUAAACCAAAUCUAAGUUACUGUUAAAAUGUUAAGUUAGACUUUUUGAUCACAGCACAACAUAGAAUGUUCUCUCUAUUUACACAUUUGGUAAUACAUCACAGUUUAAGGUGUAUUAUAAAAACACUCUAGUUUAGACAGUAUCAGUGUGUUUAACAAUAAGAAACAAAUGAUAACAUUUUAAUUAAUUAAUUAACAUUUUUAUUUAAUUAUUUUUAUUCUAUAUAUAAAUAAUUGGGAGAAACGUGGCUUAAAAAAGUGAAAUAGCAAAUCAAGGUGAAAACAUUUUGCAUUGGGGGAAAUUACAUUCCUUAUCAUAAAAUAUGUAUAGCUAAAUAUGUAUAGCUACAGUUUUACUUGGAACACUACUGCUGUAUUUACUUGUGAUACUAAUAAAGUUUUUGGAUGUUUUGUUUA